UAUGGCGAACGACACUAUUAAAGAAAUAUUGAAAAUUCGGGACGCAACGUACCUUAAGAUAUAUGAAGAGAUGGAAGCGGCGUUAGCCGCUGCGGGAGUCCUUGGAAGACCUAUCAGAAGCAACUCAGACAAAGGCAAAGCGGCAAGAAUUGCGCAGUCCGUGGCAAAGGCGAACCCAGACGUUUUCAAUUCUGAUAAAACGUCAAGCUGUUUAAUGGAAAUCGCAAGACGAUGCAAUCGAAAUUUUACGAGGGCAAUGAAAAGAAAACAGCGAUACUACGCCACCGCAAACACCAGGAAGGGAACAAGCUGCCCUGGUCAUCUCCCAGGCGAGGACGUACUCGACGUAAGGUGCCUAUCGACAUGCGGAGACAAAAAAGAUUUCGAGCCCUGGGUAACGCAGAAGGCAGCUAUGCCGGCAUUGUGUCCUGCGCCAACACACUCUAGACUGCGGGCUGGUCCUGAAAAAGAGAUCGCGGAUGCCCAACAACAACAAAAGGCAAAAGGAUCUGAGAAAGAUGGCGAUCGGUGA